UUACAACACUGAGCACCCCGUCUAUCGUUAUCGUUAUCGGAGAGAAUAUUUGUGUUUGCAAAGAAAACAUAACAAUGGGUGGCCCAGAACUUCCCACGGAUCCUGGUCAUGAGGUAUUCCCAACACCAGCAGUUGACCAUCCACGGGUGGGAGCGGAUAGUGAGGACAGCGACGACCCGGAUGCGUACGAGGGCUAUCAGCCACUGGCCAUGGAUGAGGGAAACGAGGGACUAGCAACCGAGGAGCAGGCAAGGGUGCAGGCACCAGAAACAGGGGAUGGGACAGCGGACGAGGAUAUUGAUUUACUCAACGCUCCAGUGACACACGGAGACCCUAACAUGCCGCCUAUCGAGGCAGCAGAUGUGGAAAUCGAACGUCAGGUUUGGAACGAGCCCAGGCCGAAGGAGUUACAAAUAGAGCUGGACAAAACGCGAACCGAGCAAAUCCUUAAGGCCAUGUCCACCAUUUCCUUGCCCAACAUCACAGUGCCUGAUUGGGCCAAAGGAGUUCCCGAGGAGCGUUGGAAGCUUGAGCUGCUUGACCGAAUAAACAACCGACAGCGUCCAUCUGGACAGGAUUCCACGGCAACAGAAAAACCGCAGUAUUCUAAGGCUCAUAUAGAUUAGACUUGAAAGUUUAUUUUAAAAAAGCAUUCUCCAAUAUAUGUAUAAUUUAGACAGAUCAUAAAAACCGUGAUACAAACA